AUGGACGAAGCUGUCAGGCUCCAGAUUAAAAGCGACGUUGAGAGCGAACUCGGCCACAUGGUGCACGACGCGCGCACGGCACACAAUCGAGCUCUCGCGGAGGCACGGACAGAUGCCGAACGCAAUGCCGCUGAUCGUGACUACAAGGAGACCAUGGAGACCGUGACUAUGCUUGCGAGGGAGAUGUUCCAAAAACGGUUACACGAUCUCGCGCAAUCGCAACAGCCUCCAAGUCGCGCUAUCCGGACGUCCCCAGAGCGCUUCCAGCAUCCAUCUACCGCGGCGUCUACGUCCCAACUGACACGAUAUCAGUUGACGGACCCCGGCGUUCAGAAAUCUUCUCCACCUGAGACUCGAGGGCGCCCCUCACGGUCGCCUCCGGCAACCGGAUCCUCUCCGCCCACGUCGAAGAAUAACAGCAGCGACGAGGACGCCGUUCCCGGAGAUGCCGACGAGAAGAAAUUGGAAGAGGGGCCAAAGGAGAAGCAAGCUGUACCCAACACCGCCAGGGUGCAGCAAGGCGUAGCAGGAUCCAGUCGUCCACCUGCCGGAAGGGCACCGGCCGGGCGCUUUCCUCGUCCAGCGCCCAUUACACCUGCGCGUCCAACUCCACAGCAAAUGUGGAAACCGCCUCCCCAAUCCGCCACGGAACCCUCCGGCGUCACGCGUUCACUGCAGCGAACAACGAACCCACCCGCGAAGGGAGUUGCACCUCCUGUCAAGUCUGCUCCGUCCGCUCCCGCCAGAGGCGUGAAGGCGGGGACCGGCGCCGCGGCGGACCACCCGCGCAUGGGCGCGCGCGCUGGCGCGAGCUCCGGCGCGAGUCCGCCGGACGUACAUGUAUCCACCGCAUCAACGGCUCCGUCUACGCAACGUACAACAUCGGGAGCACCUCUAGUCCGCGCUGUGCCCGCUCAACGUACUGCGUCGUCCACCCCGCGCGCCGCCGCGCCUAUAUCAUCCUCAGCCGGCGCUCGACGAGCACCUCCCCCUUCGUCCGCGCGCCCUCCGCCUGUCAAAGCUUCGACCUCCGCCUCAGCUUCAGCGUCAACGCCCACAAAGCCUGUCCCCAUUCCCUCUAUGGCUUCGAAGACGACACAUCUCGCUCCGCCGCCUGAGAAGAUCACGAACCCAUCUGGAAGCCUGAGCUCUGCGCACUCAUGGUCCGAAGUUGACGAUGGUGUCUCGGGGAGCUCGCACGGAAGUGCUCACAUCGUGUACUCCGGACCCAAAGCUACCCGUCGACGUGAUGUUGAGAAAAGUGAUGGGCUUCAGAAGACUGGCUCUUCAUCACCCUCAAGCGACAGAGGCGGCGCUAGUGAGAAAGGCAAUAGCAUCCAGUCUCAGGAGAACGCUCUUCGUUCGAGAGAGGACGCUAUGCGCGCGCGGGAGGUGGAGUUGGAGGCACGAGGGGCGAAGCUCCAAGCUCAAGAGGAGCUGUCCCAGAAGCGCGACGCAGCUGCUCGCGCGGAUGCUCAGCGGCGCAUCGACGAGCUCAAGUCUCAAGUCGCGGCACUACAGGCGGCGAAGAAUGAGCUUCAAAACCUGGAGGGGGCUGCGAAGCUUCGCGAGGAUGCGUGGGCUCAGAAGGAACGCGCUUUCAAUGAGCACAUCGCCGAUGAAACGCGCCGGGCAGAGCAGCGUCGUCAGCAGGACGAAUCUCGGGCGAAGUCUGUCGAGGAGGAGCGCCGCCUGCGAGUUGAAGAAGAUGAGCGUCGGAGCUCAGCCGACAAGGGAGAGCUGGAGGCCAUGCGCCAAGCCCUCGAAGAGCGAGAGGAGCGUCUUAAGGAGGAGCGGGAGCAGCUUGAGGCUGAGCGUUCUGUCAUCGCAGAGGAGCGGCGUGAUUUCGCCGAAGAGUAUAGCGUCUUCCGCGCGCGCACCCAAGAGUUUGAGUCGUGGGCGGAGAAAGUUCGGGUUACGGCGGAGACGCACGAUCGGGAUCUUCAGCGUCGGGAGGCGGCUAUCCAGGCGCGAGAGCUCGCUCUGGCAGAUGAACGAACGGAUGUCGGUCCUGCCACGGGCAAAAAAGGCCCCGUUGACGCGGGCGAAGCUUACGCGAUUCUGCGACAAGCGCUCCUCGCCGAGGCGCAAGACUUGGAACGCGAAGCCUCCGCUCUUGACGUCGCCGUCGGGCAGGACCACGACGCAAUCGUGGCCUUGGAAGCACAGUUGCAGGGUCUCGAGAUGCAGGAGCACGCUCAACGCUUAGAAGAGGAAGAACGACAGCGCCAGGAGAUGGGAGGAGCAGGAGAGGCUCAGUAA